CUGGUCUGAGAAACCAGAAGAAUGGAAAUUUCAAAAGACAAGACAAACGUGGCUGCUUUUGCACAUGUAUGACAAGGAGAAGGUUCCAGAUGACUAUUUCACCAUUCUACUGGAUUAUCUGCAGGGACUUAAAGGCAGCGCGCGAGAUGUGACCGUGCAGAAAGCUGAAGCCCUAAUGAAAGAACUUGACGAUUCGGAUGCAGAAGACUCAAGCCUGGUGGAGAAGAGUGAGCGCAUACGCCAAGUUCUGCAACUGCUGUCCUGA